AUGUUCAUAUAUAUCAACAAUAUCGAUUAUGCUGAAGUGGAGUAUUUUCACAAGGGCUUGCCGGCUCGUGUUAACGAUCUCCCUGUCACCAUCCCUGAAAAGAGAGAUGAUGGUAAACAGAAGGAAUUUGCCGAUUUCCUGGCUCGGAAGGAGGGCAUCAGUGAUAAUCCCCCAGAUGCUCUUUGGGGUGUCCGUGUGGUACCAACCCAUGCUCAUCAGCAAGCUCAAGGCGCGCACAAUAUACAGAAGCAAGCAGCAUCCAUGGUUAGCGGAGCCUUCAGAACGACAGCAGCAGAGGCUCUGAACACAGAGCUCCACCUACCGCCUAUCUCUGUUCACAUGAGCCGAUUGGUGAAAGAAACGGCCCUGCGACUUCGAACAGGACCAGUAUUCGCUGUCCCACCACUGAUGCUACGACGCCGACCGGCCGAAGAGAGAGACUAG